AUGUAUGCAAUCAAGGUCGUUGCGAUUGCUGCUUGUGCAGUUCAACUUGUAGUCUGCGCAUUGCCGACCAACGCAUCCCUACCAGUCGUUGAUAUUGGGUACGCUCUCCACCAGGCUACGAUCAAUGAGACAGGACAGUACUACAAUUUCUCAAACAUUCGAUACGCGGCACCACCCACAGGAAAUCUUCGAUUUGCAGCUCCAGUCGAACCUACUGAAGUUGACCGGACCAUCAACGAUGGCCAGCAAGGCGCUAUCUGUGCCCAGGGAACACCAUAUUGGGAAGAAGUUGCUUCGUACUUCUUUGAAGGUGCCAGCACGGCUACCUUAGAAUUUGUCGAGGCAGAAGUAGAAGCUGUCGGAAAAAAUCUCACAAUCUCCGGACUUUCGGCACCAGCACCGUUAACUUCAGAGGACUGUUUGUUCCUCGACGUCAUUGUCCCAGAAUCCAUUUAUGACUCUUACGGCGAAAGUGGAGCACCAGUUGUGGUCUGGAUAUUCGGAGGUGGCUAUGUUGCUGGAUCAAAAUUUGGUUCAGGAAAUCCGGCUACCUUGAUCUCUAGGGCCCAAGAGAAUGGAGAUGAUGGUGUAAUUUACGUCGCUCUAAAUUAUAGACUUGGACUUUUUGGAUGGCUUUCUGGUCCGACAUUUGAGGAAAGUGGAACGGCAAACGCUGCCCUUCUCGACCAGAGAUUGGCACUGGAAUGGAUACAAAAGCACAUUUACCUUUUUGGUGGCGAUGCAGAUCGAGUAACAGUUAUCGGCGAAUCUGCCGGAGCUGGAUCCAUCAUGCAUCAGAUUACGGCAUAUGGUGGCAGCAAUGGCAAUGUGCCUUUCUCCCAGGCUAUUUUACAAAGUCCUGGCUAUCCUCCCGUGUAUUCGGAUGUUCAGCAGGAGGCAACCUUCCAAAACGUCAUCACACAAGCGCAGGCACUUAUUGGCCCCAACAUCACCUCAGUAUACGAUUUGAGGAAUCUUGACUUCGCUACUUUGGCCGGACUUAACACUAUCAUUACUGCACGAUCAGCUCCUUAUGGUACUUUUACUUUUGGACCGGCAGUUGAUGGGACUUUUGUACCCGAACUACCAGCCAAACUACUUCUUGCUGGAAAAUUCGAUACAAGCGUCAAGAUCAUGACUGGACACAAUUCCGAUGAAGGUGCAUUCUUUACAUCUCCUUUCUUCUCCACCGAAGCCGAUAUCACCAGUGAUCUUACAUCAGUUCUACCCACCGUAUCUAACUCUACACUUGCCUAUAUUACUGGGACCCUAUACCCUCCGGUCUACAAUGGUUCCUAUCCAUACACAAGUAUCUACGAACGAGCAUCUCUGAUCACAGCCGAGCUGGUUUUCACAUGCAACGCUCGCUACAUGAAUACCGCUUUCCUUAACGAAACCCAUUCCUACUACUUUGCCGUUCCACCAGGACUUCACGGGGAAGAUAUUGCAUACACGUUCUUCAAUGGCGAUACUACAACUUCAAACGAUGGACUACCUGUAAAUGCUACAGUAGCAGCUGUAUUACAAAGAUACAUCAUGAACUUUGCUCAGACAGGCAAUCCUAAUGGGGAUGGAGUGCCUUUCUUCCCAGUGUACCAAAGCAACGCUACGACAGUGGUUCUUGGAACCACUGGUUUGGGAAGCGUGCAAACUGAUACGACUGCCAACAAUAGAUGUGAAUGGUGGCAACAAGCGUUGUAUGCCUAG